GUUGAACGACUAACCUGCGCCUCUUCGUCGUCCUUCCCUCCCACACAACUUCUCUCCUCUACCUAUUCCCCUCUCUGUGCUAACGCAGCUGGGAGAGAGACAGGCUUCCCGUGGCCUUUGACGCUCCGUUCUUAUUCUUUUUCUUUUGUUCCACCACAGGUCAUCUUCAGCCGUCUCGUGACAAGCUCAAGACUUGACCUAAGGUGUGCAACUUACUUUUGUUCUCUUGGGACUACCAAUUUGCACUGUUACAGGCCGCGUGAAACGCCCUCGAUAACAAGUGCUUGGCUUGUCCUGUCCACUCGCUCCAACUCCCCACUCCCUUCCGCACGUCGACGAGCACCUACUUCAGACGCGACCUUGACGACGCCCCACGACUGACGGAUCGUCGGAACAAAGACCAACAACUAAUAUAAUACUAUCUCAACCUGCACUUUUCAUCAAGACUACCUACCCGUGCUAGCCUUUCAGCAAGAAUAAAGGAUACCGUCGACUACCAUGUCCGCCGAAGAGAAGACUAGGGUGUCGGGCGAUGUCCCUCGCGCCGAUUCGAAGGGCCCCAUGCUCCCGAUCGUCAAUCCUCAGGCCGAGAAGCAAAUGGCUCAGAAACCCACUGUUCACCCCGUCCUCUAUGUGGUUGUCUGGAUCGCUCUCUCGUCUUCCGUAAUUCUGUUCAACAAAUGGAUUCUGGAUACCCUCAACUUCCGCUUCCCCGUCAUCCUUACUACCUACCAUCUCACCUUUGCGACUAUUAUGACCCAGAUCCUCGCACGAUGGACACAUCUCCUCGACGGACGGAAGACAGUCAAGAUGACAAGUCGUGUAUACGUCCGGGCUAUUGUCCCCAUCGGCAUAUUCUUCAGCUUGAGUUUGAUCUGCGGCAAUCUGACAUACCUCUACCUCUCGGUCGCUUUCAUUCAGAUGCUCAAGGCUACCACACCUGUCGCUGUCCUCCUCGCUGGAUGGUCCCUUGGCGUUUCGACACCCAACCUGAGGGUUUUCCUUAAUGUCUCGGUCAUCGUCGUUGGUGUCAUCAUCGCGUCGAUUGGCGAGAUCAAGUUCAUCUGGAUCGGCGUCAUCUUCCAGAUUGGCGGCGUCAUCUUCGAAGCUCUGCGGCUGACCAUGGUCCAACGUCUUCUCAGCUCUGCCGAUUUCAAGAUGGACCCUCUGGUUUCCCUAUAUUACUUUGCGCCCAUUUGCGCUGUCAUGAACUUCGUCGUCGCUGCUGCCUGGGAAAUCCCCCGUUGCACCAUGGACGACGUAUAUAACGUCGGUCUGUUCACCUUCUUCUUGAACGGCUUGUGUGCGUUCCUUCUGAACGUGUCGGUUGUGUUCUUGAUUGGCAAGACUUCCUCCCUUGUCCUCACCCUAUGCGGUGUUUUGAAGGACGUCAUGCUCGUUAUCGCUUCCAUGAUGAUUUGGGGCACCGAAGUUACGGCCCUGCAGUUCUUCGGUUACAGCAUCGCUCUGGGUGGCAUGGUCUACUACAAACUCGGAUACGAGCAGCUCAAGGGCUAUGUUGGAGAGGCCGGUCGCCAAUGGGCAGAUUUUGGCCAGCGCAAGCCUAUCUUGCGCAAGCUUAGCAUCAUUGUCUUCUCGGUUUUCUCUUUCGUCUGGAUACUCAGCCAGAUGGCGCCAACCUAUGCGCCCGAGUACGACCCUCAAAGACUGGUCAAUAGCAUGCACGGCAUCAGCGACAAGAUGGGAACCGACAGAUUCAGGCUAUAAUUCCAGAGUCCUGAGCACACUCUGCUAAGAUUCCUCGAACUCUUAUCAAUAUUGGCAUCCCCAAUUCGACUGCCGACUACAUGCAAAACCAAUACUUGACGGGCUACUCAAAGUUGAUCCCUCUCCUUUGGGGUCAACUUCUACACGUUUUUUCCCUCCCACAAACUCUUUUGAAGGAAGGCUCAUUUCCGGAGUUGUAUCUAAUUGGAGACCUAUGAUUUCUUGUUUCUUUUUUACUUUUUGUUCCGCCUGAAAGAGUUCGGGUAUUUACCUGUUGUACAGCUAAAGAGCAAUGGCGCAGAGCGCAGGGUCCGGGCUGCAUGGCUUCCACGAGGGUCUAAUCUGAUGUACUCUUAAGACGGCGCGGAAGGAUAGACAUGCAUGUAUGCAAAUGAAUGAAUUUCGCAGCUGUGUGGAACAUGCCGAGUGAUGCCGCCUCCAGAUUUUCAACUUGAACUGUUUGUGUUUCCGAGUCCCGUGCCAGCAAUUAGUAACUAAAG